AUGCAAACUCAACAACCAGGAUUUGUGGGAGACCCUCAAAAAGCAGAGAGAGAUCAAAAAGGUGCAUCUAUGUCGUUUCCAAAUGAUUCAGGGGAGAUGUCUCCACAAAGAAAAUUGGGGAGAGGAAAGAUCGAAAUCAAACGGAUCGAAAACACAACCAAUCGCCAGGUUACCUUUUGCAAGCGUCGCAACGGUUUGCUCAAGAAGGCUUAUGAGUUAUCUGUUCUUUGUGAUGCUGAAGUUGCUCUUAUUGUCUUCUCUAGUCGAGGUCGACUUUAUGAGUAUGCAAAUAACAGUGUAAAAGGAACCAUUGAUAGGUACAAAAAAGCAUGCCUAGACCCACCAAGCAGUGGAUCUGUAGCCGAAGCCAAUGCUCAGUUUUACCAACAAGAAGCUGCAAAACUGCGUCAGCAAAUAGCAAAUCUUCAGAAUCAAAACAGGCAAUUUUACAGGAACAUCAUGGGUGAAUCGCUGGGAAACAUGCCAGCAAAAGACCUCAAGAAUCUUGAAAGCAAGUUAGAGAAAGGCAUUAGCAGGAUCAGAUCAAAAAAGAACGAACUUCUAUUUUCUGAAAUCGAGUAUAUGCAAAAACGAGAAAAUGAGUUGCAUAAUAGUAACCAAUUCCUUCGAGCAAAGAUCGCUGAAAAUGAAAGAGCACAACAGCAACACAUGAGCUUGAUGCCUGGAAGUUCUGAUUACGAUUUAGUAUCACCUCAUCAGCCAUUCGAUGGAAGAAACUACCUUCAAGUCAAUGAACUUCAACCCAAUAACAAUUACUCUUGCCAAGAUCAAACACCUCUCCAGUUAGUGUAAUGAUCGAAGGAGUUGUGGUUAAUUUCUAUUUGCUAUAACACCUUCGUCGUGAUUAAUAUGGUUUUGUGGUUAUUAAUUGCAACGUUUUUAAGUAUCUAUAGUUUGACAUUUAAUUAUCUCGUUACUUUAAUUAAUUACUUGCUGUAAGUGUGAACAAUGUCUAUUAUCUGAAACAACUUGUUUGUUCAUCGUUUUACC